GAGUGAACAGAGUUGGCUGUUCCUCACACACAAUCAAAUCAAGCCUGUAUCCCAACGUGCUUGGGGCCCUGCACAGCGCUAAUUUAGUGCAUUGCAGGGCCCGACCUAACUAAACGUGCGCCCUGCCGUCCCUGUGAUUAGCGCAUGCAUUCCCACUGUGCCUGUUCAUUUUAAAACGAAGGGCCCACGCGCACAACCUGACCAAAGUGUUCCAGCCUGACCAAAGCUGCGCCAUUUGGGACUGAACAGAGCCUCCCUGUCUUCCCAUCCAAUUUCCCGUUCUUUCUGUUCGUCCCUUUUUGCAUCCCCAUUCCGUGCGCCUUUUGUCCCGCCGUUCAAACUUUGGCUACCUCGUUCUAUGCUGGCGCUAUCUCUGGGCCAUACAUUUUCCGGUUUUCGUGUGCUAUUCGGUUCUUCCUACCCUGCUGGUGCUACCUUGCACAAAAUAAGAGAUUCGAUCAUAGCAUAUCCGCCGUUUCCCCUCCCUGGUCACAUCUCUUCUUUUUCGUACCCUUUUACCUCCUCCGCCUCGUUGCUCUCCUAUUGCCAUUUACCAUGUCGCCACCGAUCGACCGCAGCGGUUUCCAUCUAGCCAUUAUCUGUGCGUUGCGCGUCGAAUCGGACGCUGUGAAGCUCCUUUUCGACGAUAUUUACGAGAAAAAGUACGGACGGGAAACCGGCGAUACCAACACAUACACGACGGGCCGCAUCGGGAACCAUGCCGUCGUACUUCUCCUGCUUCCAUGCAUGGGGAUGGAGGCAUCGGCGGCAAGCGCAAGGAGCUUGCAGUCGAGCUAUACCAAUAUCAAACUUGCCCUGAUCGUCGGUGUUUGCGGAGGUUUGCCCCAGAUCCGUGGUCGGGACGCCUUUUUGGGUGACGUGAUCGUUAGCAAGAGCAUCCUCAACCAUAACUUCGGCAGGCAAUACCCCGACAAGUUCGUCGUUAGGUUCACCGAGGAUACAUUGGGGCAAACCAAUAACUAUAUCCGCGGACUGCUCGAGCUUUUGGAAGGUAAGGACGAGCUGGACCGCCUGCAGAAAAAGGCAAGGGCGAAUCUGGUGACUCUGCAAGCCGCCGCCACCGCCGCCGACAAGGAGGGGAACCGGCAGCAGGAACGCCCGGUGGAGCUCGUCCCCCAGGUUUUCAUGGGCAGGGUGGCCAGCGGCAACGCGGUUAUGAAAUCGGGCAAACACCGCGACGCAGUUGCCAAGGAGCACGACGUGAUCGCCUUCGAAAUGGAAGGGGCCGGGGCCUGGAAGGAGGUCCCUUGCAUCGUCGUUAAGGGCAUGUGUGACUACGCCGAUAGCCACAAAAAUAAGGAAUGGCAGAACUUCGCUGCGGCAACGGCGGCUUCGGUGGCCGCGGCGAUCCUAGACAAAUACGAGGUGCCAGGCGGCGCCAUGGAAGGAGUCGGGCAGACGCCGCUAUUGUUGGCCGCGCAGAACGGGGGCGAGGCCGUCGUCAAGCUGCUGCUCGCCACAGGCAAGGUCGACGCCGACUCGAAGGAUAGCUACGGGCGGACGCCGCUAUGGUUGGCCGCGCAAAAUGAACACGAGGCCGUCAUCGAGCUGCUGUCGAAGGAUGGGGACGGGCCCGCCGUUGCGAAACUUCUCGAAUAA